GAAAUCUUCAGUUGGUCUGGAACCGCGGCCCGGACAGCACGUGUACGCACCUGGCAGCACGAGGAAGCCCCACAGCCGUGCGUGCCUAGUACGGGUCGAGGACAUGUUGAGAUAUUAGUGAAGUGACGACAACUCACCCGAGACGGUACUUGUGACUCCAACUUGGUCUGCCUGCCAUCACCACCACCAUCACCAUCACCACCUGGCUCCUUCACUUCCACCUGCAUCCUCCUACCUCUCCAUCCCCUCCAUCCCCCGCCCCCGAGUCCUCAGACCUGCCCUACAAACCCGGCCUUGCCAGCCUUGUCUGGGGAACUUGCCCUUGACUCCCUUGCUUUACGCUGGGCCGGGCGCCGGAGGGGGGAGGGAAGCACUGCAGUAAGAGGGUAGGCCAUGUGCCGGCCCCCCGCGGGAUGAGGCAGCCUGGUAUGACCUCUGUUCUCCUGGAUGCGAGGAGGCCCGCCUCCCUCAGGCGACCUCCUCAGAGGCCCAAUGCUGCAAAGCUACUCAAGGCCAAGACGGUGCCGCAAGUGGAAGAGGACAUAUUGAAUGGUUUGGGCGGCGCGGGCGGCAUGGAGGGCGCGGGUGGCAGGUCGGGAGGGGCGGCGGCGGGCGGCUCACGAGGCUCCUCCAGCAGCGGCUCAUCUGGCCCAGGAGGCAGCGGCGGCAGCGUGGGUGUUGCUAUGACGACGGCGGGAGUUCCCUUCUCUACCCAGACGCUGGCCGUGACCUCCACCCCUCGCUCCCUCUCCCUGGCCUCCAUCUCCUCCGAAGGCAGCACGGACAGCCACCUGGUGGAGAGGGAAGACAUCGUCGCCCUCACCACCGCCGUCAGGGCAUUCAAGGACGCCCUGGGCAAACUCAAGCGUAUCUUCCACCCUGAGCGAGACAAAUCGGAGACGCUGCGGGUGGCGGGGCACGAGCGUCUGGGGGAGGUGCUGAGAAUCUUGAGGACCAUCCUGGAGAAGUACAGUCCCAUCCAGCACAACGAACUGCUGGCCGCCGCCUCGCACCUCAUCUCCCACGUCAACGGUUAUGGCUACGAGGAUGACCAUGCUGAUCCUACGGCCUUCCUGGAGGCGAUCGACCAGCUGGCCCUUGCCUUCUCCAGCAGGGUGUCGGAGUACCUUAUGGGGGACAUCGAUUCCUCCUCCGCUGUUCUCAACUGUUCCACCACCUCCUCCAGGAACAAGCCAUUUUCAUUGUCAUUGCAGUCGUACGAGAACCUGAUGAGCAGCGACGCGGAGAGCAGCGCAGGGGAGCCUCGGAGCAGCGGCGCGGUGGAGGCGGCGGAGACAGGCAGUGGAGUUCUGGACACCAGCCUUAAGGAACCAGAGGUGCUCACGCCGCAGCAGAUUGAUGAACAGCUGCACCGGCAUGAACAGGGAGUGGAGCACGCCCUGUACCGUGCCAAGGUGUGGAGCAAGUACGCCAAGGAUGUGAUCGCCUACAUCGAGAAGCGCGCCCAGCUUGACCUGGACCACUGCCGCGCCCUCACCAAGCUGGCGCACGUCACGCGGCCCGCACUCAAGGACGAGAGCUUCCUGCCGUUCCAGUCGAUCUACUGCACCGCGCUGGACCAGGACAUCGAAAACUGCGCCCAGCUCUCCCAGACCUCGACGCUGCUGCUCACACAGAAGUUUGUGGAGCCGCUCACCGCACGGAGGAACGAGCAUGACCGAGCCCGGAAGGUGAUCAAGGAGUCGUGGACCAAGGAGCUCAAGCGGGUGACGGAGGCUCUGAGCAACCUGAAGAAGGCGAAGAUGGGGUACGACCAACGCCAUCAGGAACUGGGGCGGGCGCGGGAGGCAGCGGCGCGGGGAGAGAACACGGAGGCGCAAGACAAGCUCGAGAGAAAACGGGAUGAGGCUCUGCAGAAGGCGAAGGAGGCGGAGGCGUGGUACAAGACGUGUGUUCAUGAGGCCAACGAGCGGCACGCCUCCCUGCUGCGCCUCAAGAGGGACGUGUUGGUGCAGCUGCGGGACCUCAUUUUCCAGUGUGACCAGACCAUGAAGGCCGUCACCGUGGGAUACUUCCAGCUGCAGCACACCGUCGCCGCCCCCGCCCCCGUGCAGUUCCAGACGCUGUGUGAAAGUUCCCGCCUUUACGAGCCGGGUUCUCAGUACAUGGAGUUUGUGAAGCGUCUCGGACCCUCACCAGGACCCGAGCAGCCCGAGUCCCCUUUCACGUUUCAAUCUUACCGCCCUGGGGCCUCCAACUUGUCCCCCCAACAUGACCCCGCCGCCAAUGGGGCCGUCCCUCCCCACGACGACCUGCAGGUGGGUCGUUUGCAAGGUCCCGGCGGCAGUGAUACAGACAGCGUGGGGUCCUCGGCCAAGAGUAUGGAAGGCUCCCCAACCGCCUCCCCGCUGCCCCCGCCACGCCGCCCCCACACCGUGUCCUCCGGGGAUGAGCUGGAGACCGACCCUGACACCGACCCUCACUACACGUACCCGUCGCGGCGGCAGGUGAUGAGCAAGGCGGCCAUCUCCCACUCCUUCAAGAAGCUCCUCACACCCUCCCGCUGCCGAGAGUGUGACUCCUACGUCUACUUCCACGGCUACGAGUGUGCUGAAUGCGGGUUGGGUUGCCACAAGAAAUGCCUGGAGACUCUGGCGAUCAAAUGCGGACACAAGCGGCUGCCUCGCAAGAUGACCACCUUUGGGGUUGACCUGGCGCAGCACCUCACGGAGACCAACACCACCGUGCCGCACCUGGUGGUCAAGUGUGUGGCCGAGAUUGACGCGCGAGGAGGCAAGAUCAAGGGAAUCUACCGCGUGUCUGGAGUUAAGAGCCGCGUGGAGAAGCUGUGCCAGGCCUUUGAGAAUGGGGCGCACCUGGUGGACUUAAGCGACCAGCACCCGAACGUCAUCGCCAACGUGCAUAAGCUUUACUUGCGUCAGCUGCCAGAACCUUUAUUGACCUUCAGACUGUACCCGGACUUCAUCAGAAUCGCCAAGGAGUGCGGGACUGGGACAGGAGCGGAGGGCGCUAGCCGCGCCGAGGGAGGAACUGCGGGAGCUGGUGGGGCGCCUGCCUCGCCACCACCUGGCCUGCCUCGCCGUCCUCAUGCAUCACCUGCACCGCGUCGCAACUCACUCUCAGCUCAACAACAUGCCGCCCUCCAACCUCGUCCCCCUCUUCCGCUGCUUUAUGUGGGUCUCACUCUGCGUCCAGGCAUAGUGUUCGGGCCCACGCUGCUACGGACGUCUGAGGGCUCUGCGUCGCUCAGCUCCCUGGUGGACACGGUGCACCAGACGCGGGCUAUCGAGCCUGCUCAUCAUGUGUGUCAACGAGAUCUUCGGACACCAAGACCCGCUGCAGGCUGCGUCAGGAGUCACCAGCAAGCGAGCCCGGCCGAGGACCAAUUCCGGCCAUCACAGAGCAAACACGGCAGCGCCCCCAUCAGCAGCAGCAGCAGCAGUAGCGUGGUGUACACCGUGCCUAUCGCUGGCUACAGAAGGAGCACCACUGACUCUGAGGACGCCCACUCCACCUCCCACGCGUGUAAGGAAAGGAAGGACUCAGAUGUGCAAGAUGACGACUGGGAUUCAGAGAGCUGGGAGGAGAGCGCCUUUGAGGGAGUGGGGAGUGUUGUAGGUGGCGAUACUUCCUCCGCCGCCCUUCCUACCACCACCACCACCACCACAACCAUGAGCAGCAGCAGCAGUAGCAUCGCCGCCGCCGCCGCCGCCGCCGCCACCUGUCCCGUGCCUCCGCCAAGAGCGUCGCCAGCAGCCAGUCGCACCUCCGCCGGGCAGGCCAAGAUAUAUAAGACGUCUCUGAAGGACUACGUGGGGCUGGAGGGGGUGGCGUUGCAUGUGUCCUCGGGCCUACACAGCGCCCAUGACGUGGUGCACCAGAAGCUCCGCAAGACUGUGAGCGACAUCUCCUCGUCUCUCAGGUCAUCCUCCCCCGCGGCGGCAGGGAUCACUACCAUCACCACCACCACCACGGCCGCCAUCGCCUCCCCCGCCGCCACCACCACUACCACCACUACUGUGCUUAUUCCGUCUCCAACAACGCACGACAUGCAAAGGAGAGGCACUUUGGAGGAUGUGAAGAAAGUGGUGGUAGGGGUAGGAGUAACAGGAGGAGUAGGAGGAGGUGGCCAACAGGAUGAAAGGAAGAGCAUGGAAUCUUCCUCUCGGAAACCUUUACAGCAGGAGGAGGUCACCAGGAGAAGACCUCCGCACCUGGAAGAGACUGGAAGGAGACCCACGAUAGAGGAAACCCCGAGGAAAAGCGAGGAGGGGGCGAGGAGACCCGAGCAGGAGGCGAGCAGGUCCCUCCAGCAGACGCCCAGGCCACAGGUGUACAAGAGUGAAUCAAAGGGCAGCGUAGGCGAAACAGAGCUCAAGGUCGAGGCGCGAGUGGGCGUGGCGGGCGGUCCGGAGCAAGUGGUGGUGCCUCCUCCGCGGAAGGUGAGUCCCCUGUUGGGUCAGCGCGCCGCCCUGGCUCAACACAGCGGCACGGACUCCUCGCUCGACUCCGACCAUAGCUAUGACUUGCACAUCCAGACCCAUACGCCCGCGCCUCCCUCCGUGCCCACCCACAGGCGCGCCGAGAUUGGGUACAGUGCCACCACACGUUCCUUCUCAACCUCCCGUGACGCGUCCCUCGACAACCUUACCUCUUCCGUCACUUCCUCGGAUUCCUCAUCGCAGGAGCUCGACUCGGCACACGCCACCGAGGACUCCCACAGCUCGGAGGCGCCAGACGACCCCCACGCCCUCAGCCACGCCCUUACCUACUCCUCAGGUUGUGGCGGCAGCAGUGGGGGUGAAUCCGGGUAUGUGUCGCCGUACCUAGGGGCGGGACCAUCACCGGGUUCCCUGGUGGUCGGACCCUCCGUGCUGGUGACUCGCGCCACCAUUGCGCAGUACGACAAGCGGCGCACCAUCACCACCGUGCUGGCCCCGAGGACGUCUUUCGAUGAGAACCGCGUCAGAAUACAAGUUCCUCCCGCCCCUGCCGGAGGGGGCAGAACUCCUGGCACUGGGAGCCUCGUGACCGUGGGCGUGGAGGAGGGAGGAGCAGUGUCCCUGUCUAACCCUCCAGCAUCUCCGAGGGUCACUGUGCAGGAUCCUCCCUCCCCGCCCGCCAGACUCCUGCAGCCUCAAUCACCAGGCUCCCCAGCAGCCUCCACCUCGCUGACCACUAUCAGGACGCCAGGCCCGCGCUCCACCCCUGUCCAGCCAGAACACCCUCGGCGGCCGUCCCCUAACAGGUCUCCUAGAUUUGUUUAGGUGGAUGCGUCUUGGGAUCGGAUGUGGCUGCCCCCCGUGGAUGAUUCUGUGGCAAGCCAGUGGGUGGUGUCGUGGGAAAACAAGCUACUAACCUGAUAGGUGAACCUGGCCGUGGCGUCUCAGGCAGUGCAUCAUUCAUCUGAAUGUGGUCACUAGGGGGCCCGCAAGACUCGCCCUGUACUACCAUGCACCAUGCACGCCGCUGUUCAGACGGUGCGUCUGCUACACUGAAUUGUCUUAGAGGUGCAGCGAUGCUGCUGUACAGAGAUGCUGCUGCAGCCUCAAAUCUUCCUUCAUUGAUGAGUCACCCGAAAAUUUUGUCAAGAGUGAUUGUAAUAGAGUGAAUCUUGAGAAUGCACGAAAUUCAAAGGUCAUAGUGACGCUGGAGUGCCGCUGGGCUGCCAUCGCACCGCACUAUUUUUUGUAUGAUAAAAACUGACCAAAUAACAUGAACAACUGUAUAUACUCAUACAUGUGUACCGACCUUUGUGCAGGCAGGUGUUUAGGCGCAGCUGAACUGUGUGCGUGCCGAGCACAGGUGAAACCCGUGUAUAUAUAGACCAGAGUUGUGUACAUGUAAGUGUUGUAAAGCUUAAGUGGUGUGUGCGUGUGUGUGCGUAUGAGUAAAGUGAGUAUGCAACUGUGUGUAUAUGUGUGUGUGUGUGUGUGUGUGUGUGUGUGUGUCGCAUUCACAGUCACACAGGGCCAGGAGGUGGCAUCUCCGCUAUUUGCGUCUGUCCUUUCUCGGCGAGACCCUCGGGAGUGUGGCGGCAGUAGUGCGGUGAGAGGCAGCGUCUGAGGCUCGGCAGCGAGAGGAGGAAACCCCGCUGUGUGUCGGCUGAGGUGAGUGAAGGACGCACCUACAAUGUCCACUCUGUAUAUAUGAUGAAGUAAAUGUGUUAUUACGUACAAA